AUGAGUGGAUUCAAUGAUAAUGAUAAAGUUGGAAUUGUUUUUACAAACACGGAGUUUCCGGACAGGCCAUUGGCGAUAUCUUUAAGAAAUAGAAGUCAAAUGACUGUAGCCGUCAUUCUCAAUACUCUGGGGCUGGUGCUACAGAGCAACUCCAGUUUUUUUACCAACAACAAGCUUACUAUGGCUAUCGACAGGGUGCAGCUUCCAACAGGCCAUGGAAGACAACCUCUAAAAGGAGCAACUUACAGCGAAUUCUGCAGGAGAAAAUACGGUAUCGUAACUGUUAAUAAUGAUGAUAAUUAUUGUUUAGCCUAUGCAUUAGCGUUGGGAAUAGCCCAUCGUAGCGAUAUUACCGAUUUUAAAAAACUUAAAUCAAAACCUAAUCUUUUAAAACAACGCGGUAGAGAAUUAUCUAGGGCUGCUAACGUGGAUCUCUCAAAUGGAGGGAGUCUUGAAGACAUUAAAUGUUUUCAAGAUUAUUUAAAAAAAGAUUUUACGAUUGUUGUGUACAAUAAUAGAACGGGUAGCGAUACAUAUUUUAAGGGGGAGCCAAAAGACACACGUAAAACAAUAAAUUUAAUUUUAGAAAAUAACCAUUAUAAUCUCAUAAUUAGUUUAACAUCAGCGUUUUCAACAAGUUAUUUUUGCGAAUCAUGCCAAAAACGUUAUGCUAGUAGAGAUAAGCAUGUUAAAUGUCCUUAUACUUGCCCUAAUUGUCAUAGUUCACCCCCUUGUGUUUCCGACGCAGAGGAAAUAACGUGUAAAGAUUGUAAACGAACAUUCAGAGGUAUUAGGUGUUUAAAUAUACACAAGGAGAAACUUUGUUCAAAACUGCAUAGAUGUUUGACAUGUUUAAAUAGCUAUUGGACUAAGGAUAAGCAUAAAUGCGGCGAAAAAUACUGUCGUACGUGUUCAUGCUUAAAAGAUACUAGGCACGAUUGUUACAUGCAGCCAAAUCGUAUAAGUGAUAAAGCUAAACAGUCCCUCGAGAACGAUUUUUUGUUUGCCUUUUACGACUUUGAAUGCAUGCAAGAAAAAGAAGUGUCCAGUAAUAUAUUUUUACAUGAACCAAAUUUGUGUGUAGUACAGCAAGUAUGCUCUGAGUGUAUUUCGAAAGAUAAUAUAGAUCUAGAUUGCCGCAAAUGUGGUAAGCGAAAGCAUAUUUUUUCAAAAGACCCUGUUGCCUCACUACUGAAUUACCUACACGAAUUCGAAAAGAAAAAAUUUAAUGUUUUUGCUCUGGCCCACAAUAUGAAAGGAUAUGAUGGCUGUUUUAUCACGAAGCAUAUUUUAAAACAUGUAAAUAGAUGGAACCCUAAGAUCAUAAGAAAUGGUUGCAAAUUUGUCUCGAUAACUUGUAAUAAUAUUAAAUUUAUUGAUAGUUUAAAUUAUAUGCCACUACCUUUAAACAAACUUCCAAGUGCUUUUAAAUUUGAAGAAGUCAAAGGGUAUUUCCCUCAUUUAUUUAAUAGAUCCGAAAAUAGUAAUUAUGUAGGUCCAUUACCUGAUGCCUCUUUUUAUAUGCCAGAUUCAAUGACUUUAGAUGCGCGUAGUAAAUUUUUUAAAUGGUAUAAUAAGGAAAUAUCAAAUAAUGUUGUGUUUAAUUUUAAAGAAGAAAUAAUUAAAUAUUGUAUCUUAGAUGUUGAUAUUUUACGGAAAUCAUGUAUUAAAUUCCGCGAAUGUUUUAUUGAAGCUACAAAUAUUGAUCCUUUCCAAGAAGCGACUACAAUAGCGAGCGUUUGUAGUAAAGUAUUUAGGAGAAAUUUUCUUCAACCUAAUACCAUAGGUAUCAUACCGCCUAAGGGUUAUAGAAUGAAAGAUAAUUUUUCCGAAAUAUCGCUUAAGUGGCUGUGCUGGCAAGAAUCACUUUUUCCGGGUAUUAAACACGCUGGUAAUGGACAGGAAAUAAGACUUAAAGAGAAUCUCUUAGUUGACGGUUUUUGUGCGACCACUAACACUGUAUUCGAGUUUGAUGGCUGCUAUUUUCAUGGUUGUGAGAAAUGUUUUCCUCAGCAGACCACCUCUUUUCAAAAUUCCACAGAUAAAAAUAUGCUAAUGUUUUUAAGACUCGAAAAGACUAAAGCCAAGCACAAAAAAAUUAAAGAUGCCGGGUAUAAUUUAAAAAAUAUUUGGGAGUGUGAAUUUAAAAAGUUGUUAAAAGCUGAUGAAAACAUAAGAGCUUGUGCUAAUAAUAACUUUAAAAAAUAUGUAGAGGCACCAUUAAACCCUCGCGAAAGCUUUUUCGGUGGUCGUACAAAUGCAGUAAAAUUGUACCAUAAAAUAUCCGAUGAGAAGGAAAAAAUUUGUUAUUUUGACGUCUGUAGUUUAUACCCGUUUAUAAAUAAAUAUAAAAAAUAUCCCCUUGGGCGCCCUAAGACUCAUAUUGGCGACGAAGCGUGCCGGAAAUUGCCCAUGGAUACGAUAGAAGGUAUUAUUAAAUGCUCGGUUCUUCCACCUAGAAAUUUAUACCACCCAGUUCUACCGUAUAAAUGUAACAAUAAACUAAUGUUCCCCCUAUGUAAAGCUUGUGUAGAGUCAUUGCACCAGGGACAAUGUCAGCAUGCAGAGGGGGAGCGUAAGUUUACCGGUACCUUUGUAGCCGAUGAAUUAAGAAAAGCUAUUUCUUUAAAUUAUAAAAUCUUGGAAAUUUACGAGGUAUGGGAAUAUAAAGUUACUCAAUUCAACCGUGAAACCAAGUCUGGAGGCCUAUUCUCAAAAUAUGUCGACACUUUUUUAAAAAUAAAGCAAGAGUGUAGUGGAUGGCCCAGUUGGUGCACUACGGAAGAAUCUAAAGAUGCGUAUAUUCAAGCAUAUUUUGACCAUGAGGGUAUAAAAUUAGAUAAAUCAAAAAUUUGUUAUAAUCCGGGCAUGCGGUUUAUUGCUAAAUUAAUGUUAAAUAGUUUUUGGGGUAAAUUCGGGCAGAGAGAAAACUUAAUGCAAACAUCUGUAAUUAGUGAACCCCUGGAACUAUUUAACAUAUUAACUGACCCUUCUGUUAUUGUUAACAAUAUGGUGAUUAUUAGUGAUGAAAUGCUUCUUGUCAGUUGGAAAAAACACGAAGAAGCAGUUUCAUCAUUAUCAACUGUUAAUGUCGCUAUAGCAGCGUAUACCACGGCUAUGGCACGACUAGAACUUUACUCUUAUUUAGAGAAACUAGGUAGACGAGUACUUUACUUUGAUACCGAUAGUGUUAUAUUCACGUAUAGAGAGGGUGAAUGGUUACCAGAAGUAGGCGAUUAUUUGGGUAUGUUAACAGACGAAGUAAUUGAAUACGGUCCUGGUAGUAAAAUUACGGAAUUUGUAAGCGGAGGGCCUAAAAAUUACGCCUACAAAAUUUAUAUCGCGGAUAAGCAAGAAUUUGAUACUGUAUGCAAAGUAAAGGGUAUAACUAUUAAUUCAAAAAGUUGUAAAAACGUUAAUUUUGAAACAUUAAAAGCCAUGGUAUGCAAUAAUGCGGAGCCGACAUAUAUCCACAACACUCGUAAAAUUUGUAUAACGCCAAAUUACGAAAUAAUAUCGCGACCUGAAUCAAAAAUUUAUAGAAUCGGUUAUAACAAACGGCGAAGAAUAGAUAACAAUUAUGAUACCGUUCCGUAUGGGUAUCUAGAAGAAGAAGAAGAGGUUGGUUAUGAUCGUGUAAAUGGAGAGCACAUGGAGUUGGACAUGAAAGUUAACGAUAAUACUGCAAAAGAUGAUGAUGAAUACAGCGAAGAAGAAGGAGACAUUCCUUUUUAUAUGGACGGGUGGACGUUGUGA